AUGGAGAAUCUGAGAUCUGAAAACGGCCACCAAGGUGUUGCCAUGGAGGGCGUCAAGUUUGCGCCGGAGAUGGCCUACACCAACCGGAGAGCCCUCAGCGACAUCAAGAACAUAAUAGGAGGCACGCACCAACACUUGGCUGUCAGCAAGAGAGGUCUCUCAGAAAAACCAGCUGCUGCUGUAAAUACUAAAGAUCAAGCUGGCUUUGUUGGACACCGUCCGGUCACCAGGAAAUUCGCUGCAACAUUGGCAAACCAACCUACGGUUGCCCAUGUGGCCCCAAUUGGAAGUGAAAGACUGAAAAGAAACGCAGAUACAGCAUUCCACACACCUGCAGAUAUGGAAAGCACAAAAAUGACUGAUGAUAUUCCCUUGCCUAUGCUGUCGGAGAUGGAUGAAAUGAUGAACUCUGAACUGAAAGAGAUUGAGAUGGAAGAUAUCGAGGAGGCAGCACCUGAUAUUGACAGUUGUGAUGCAGGAAACUCCCUAGCUGUGGUUGACUAUGUAGAUGAAAUUUACAGAUUUUACAGGAAAACUGAGGGUGCAAGCUGUGUCCCUACAAAUUACAUGUCAAGCCAAACCGAUAUAAAUGAGAAGAUGCGUGGCAUUCUAAUUGACUGGCUGAUAGAGGUACACUACAAAUUAGAGCUGUUGGAGGAGACCCUUUUCCUAACCGUGAACAUCAUAGAUAGAUUCUUGGCACGUGAAACUGUGGUGCGGAAGAAGCUUCAGUUAGUUGGUGUAACUGCUAUGUUGCUCGCGUGCAAGUAUGAAGAAGUGAGCGUACCGGUGGUCGAGGAUCUGAUCUUAAUCUGUGAUCGCGCCUACACAAGGGCUGAUAUUCUUGAAAUGGAGAGGAGGAUAGUGAACACACUUAAUUUCAAUAUGUCGGUGCCAACUCCAUACUGUUUCAUGAGAAGGUUUCUAAAGGCAGCACAAUCUGAGAAGAAGCUCGAACUCCUGUCUUUCUUCAUGAUCGAGCUGAGUCUUGUCGAAUACGAGAUGCUCCACUUCUGCCCGUCUAUGCUAGCAGCUGCUGCCAUCUACACAGCUCAAUGCACCAUAAAUGGGUUCAAGUCCUGGAACAAAUGCUGUGAGCUGCACACAAAAUAUUCAGAAGAACAACUAAUGUAG